UCAGUCACUCAUAUGGUGUUUAUAUAGAGUGUGCAGACUGCUGCUCUCACAGUCUCUGUUUAGCUGGUGGUUAAAAUACACCAAGGAAGCAAGCCAAGAGAUUGCUCAGCAUUAACUGCAAGAUCCUACAUACUGAGCUACGUGUCGCUGAACAACCCAGACAUGACAAUGCUGAAGGUAUUGUUCAGAGUUUUUCUCUGUUUGUCCUCCGUGGUGAUAGGACAAUAUGAUGACGGAAUUCUUCAGGUUGAUUAUGAAAAUCUGUCUUACAAUGAAAUUUCUGACCCCGAAGAAGCUACCCCCACUCCCUGUAAGUCCACAGAACUCACAAAAUGGGACAAACUUUUUUCUAUGCUGGAGAACUCACAAAUGAGAGAAAACAUUCUCCUCCAAUAUGUGGAUGAGAUCAUCAAGGUGGAGCUCCGAAGCAUACGUGAUGAAAUGCACCAGUUUGUGGCUACCUUUGCUGGAACUUGCACUAACGCCAUUGACAGUGCCAGCACACGCAUAACCUCGCAACUGGAAGGCAAGUUAAUGCAAAUCAUAGAGAGGAUUGGGGAUACCAACACCGUGCAUCAAUCCCAGCAUUAUAAGGUCCUGGAACAGCUGCUUGUGGCCAGCCAGGACACAGCGUACAGACUCAGCAAAAUUGAGAGCGCCUGGCAGAAUGGAGCGGAAGCAAAAGGUCUGCAUUCAGAGUUCAAGCAGCAGGAUGUCUCUGUCUAUACAAGGUUAGAAAACAUUAUGGAGUCCAUGGCUUAUGAUCUUCAGCAAACCAGAGCUGAACUACAGCUUUCCCAGAAAUGGGUUGCUCAGCACUUCCUGCCUUCAGGGUGCGAAAUGGCUCUGUUAUUUCCAAUGCGCUCCAGGAAGAUUUUCGCCAGUGUCAACCCUGUAGCACCCAUGACACUUCAUUCGUUCACAGCAUGCAUCUGGUCCAAGGUCACAGAUGCGCUCAACAAAACGGUUCUUUUCUCUUACGGGACCAAGAGAAACCCUUAUGAAAUUCAACUUAGUCUCAGGCAGCAAGCAGCAGUCCUCUCAGUGGGUGGUGACACGUACUCAACUGUUGCGGCAAACGCAGCUCCCGUCGGAGAGUGGGCCCACUUCUGCGGCACAUGGAACUCGAACGAAGGCAAUGCUUCUCUUUGGGUAAACGGAGAGCUUGCGGCUAGCUCCUCAGGGCUGGCUGAAGGCCACCUAAUCCCCGACGGAGGGAUCUUGCAGCUAGGCCAAGAGAAAAACGGCUGCUGUGCAGGAGGUUUUGAUGAAAAGCUAGCGUUUUCUGGGAAGCUGACUGGAUUCAAUAUCUGGGACAAAGUUCUGGAUGGGGAGCAGAUAGCCCACUUAGCUCAAGGGCAGGAUUCGUGUGGUACUAGGGGAAAUGUGGUUGGUUGGGGUGUUACAGAAAUUCUACCACAUGGUGGCGUUCAGUAUGUUCACUAACAUGUAUCUAUGGACCGCAUAGAGCACAUUACGCUCUGUAUUGAUAAUACAUGUGUGUGCCAGUGCUAAACGCUUUAUGAAUAUGUUGUCAUUUAUUGAUUGAAAAAUAACCAAAUGAUAGGAAUUGGAAUGGAUGUGAAAUAUCAGAGUUACAUAUUCUUCUUGUGUAACUCUAAGUAUAAUUUCAUGUUUCAGAUAUCCAUUCCUGGUGACUCGUUAAAACUCAAAAGUUGAAAGCACCUUUCAGGCCUCAAUAGCUCUCAGAAUCAUGUGUAAGUACAGGUGGCACAUCAGAGUGUAACCAUUAACCUGUCCCCCUGCAACACUGCCACUAGUGGAUAUACCAAGAUACACAUCCGUAAGAAAUACCACAUAAAAAAGAUUGUGGCAUUUCAUGCCAAAUAUUUUUCGAGUUUUCGAGACUACAGGACUAGAUUAAACUGCUGAUAUCUAAAAAGUUACAAGGAUGGGGUCACUGAAAUAGAAAAUGGUACAAAAUGAAUCUAAAAAACAAGAAGAAUACACUAGUUAACUCUGACACUUAAUACAUACAAGUUAUUUUUUAAAGGAAUUUGAUAUAAUAUCCAUUUAUAAAGGGCAGUUACUUUAUUUCCGAACACACCAAAUGCCAGCUGUUCAGGUGCCAAAUUAUGUCGUGUAACUCCUAAACUCAGUAACAGGUCCACAGCAUGUCAUCUGUUAGCCUAUUAAAAAGAGAAGUUUUUUUUUUUCUUUUUGUCUACAAAGAAGUUAUUCAUUGGUAUUGUAUAAUUUUGAAUUCCUAAAUCAUAUAUUUUUUUUUUAAAACCCCUCAUUUCUGAACUGCAAUUGUGUCUCUGAUUCUGCUCUGCCAAUCUGACUGGAGAGAGCUUAUUGUGAGUUUUAGAUGUGAACAAAUGCAAUGCAAGGCUAAAUGCUCAAGAUUAUUGUCUUUUAUUUUUUGUUUGGAUUUUUUAAGCUGGAACGUGUCAUUUUAGACAUGUUUUCAGAUGUAUUAUAAAAAUACAAAUAAAAUGCUUAAAAACAUCUUUCAGUUUCUAAUAUGUAGAGUACAUGUGUUAUAUUGUAAAUUCUGUUUAGCCAACAUUAUGAUAUGAAAGUGAAUGUAUUUUAUAUUUGUGUCCCAUAAAUAAAAAUAAAGUAAUUCAAAACA